UGGGUUCAGUGCAGAAGCCAGCAACUUCAGCCAAGAGAACAAGAUGAGGCUGGAACUUCCUUGCCUGCUAACCUUUUUUCUCCUUGUCUCUGUUACAGGGGACUUGGGGGACUUGGAGCCUCUGAUCCCUGGCCCUAACUCACAUUUCUUUCCAGGUUCCAGUUCUCUUCCAGAUUCUACCACCUUUUCGGGUUCCAGUUCUUUUCCAGGCCCUGGUGUAAGCUCUAACUUCAUCUCAGAAUCCGGCGACAGCUUCAGUUCCAGAUCUGUUCCCAGCUUCAGCUCCAGCUCAGGUCCUAUGUCCAAGUUGUUUUCCAAUUUCACCGGCUCCAAGAAUGACCAUGGCACCUGCCAGUGUUCUGUUACCCUACCAGAUACUACCUUUCCUGUGGAGAAAGUAGAACAUUUGGAAUUCAUAGCUCAGAAUCUGUCUGUGAAGUUUGAGAAAGAGCUUACUAAAGUGAAGGAGUAUGUCAAAUUAAUCAGUGUAUAUGAAAAGAAACUCUUAAACCUGAGUGUCCGAGUAGAAGUCAUGGAAAAGGAUACGCUUUCUUUAACUGAACUGGACUUUCAGCUUAUUAAGGUUGAAGUGAAGGAGAUGGAAAAUCUGAUCCUACAGUUAAAGGACACUUUUGCUGGAAGCUCAGAAAUUGUUGAGCAACUGGAAGUGGAGAUAAGGAAUAUGACUCUCCUGGUAGAGAAGCUUGAGACAUUAGACAAAAACAAUGUUCUUGCCAUUCGCCGAGAGAUCCUAGCUCUGAAAAACAGGCUAAAGGAAUGUGAGGCCUCCAAAGGUGAAAACACUCCUGCCACACCCCCUCUGGCCUCUCUUGGGAACUGUGGUCAUGGUGGUGUGGUGAACAUUAGCAAACCAGCUGUAGUUCAACUCAACUGGAAAGGCUUUGCCUAUAAAGCUGGUGCCUGGGGUCGAGAUUACUCUCCCCAGAAUCCUGACAAAGGAAGAUAUUGGGUGACACCCUUGGAGACAACUGGGAGGUAUUUUGAAUAUUACAGGCUCUACAAUACACUGGAUGAUUUGCUAGUGUAUGCAAAUGCCCUUGAGUAUAGAAUUACUUAUGGUCAAGGUGGUGGAACAGCAGUUUAUAAAAACAACAUGUAUGUUAACUGGUACAACACACUGAACAUUGUCAGAAUUGACCUGACUAACAACAAUGUAGCUGUGACUAGGAGUCUCCCUAAUGCUGCCUAUAAUAAUCGCUUUUCAUAUGCUAAUGUAGGAUGGCAAGAUAUUGACUUUGCUGUGGAUGAAAAUGGAUUGUGGGUGAUUUAUUCAACUGAAGCCAACAAUGGCAACAUAGUGAUCAGUAAACUCAAUGACACCACUCUUGUGGUGCUAAACACUUGGCAUACUAGGCAGUAUAAACCAUCUGUUUCUAAUGCUUUCAUGGUCUGUGGUGUUCUGUAUGCCACCCGCAUUCUAAAUACCAAAAUGGAAGAGAUUUUCUACUAUUAUGACACAAAUACAGGGAAGGAGGGUCGAUUAAACAUUAUAAUGCAAAAGGCACAAGAAAAAGUGCAAAGCAUUAAUUAUCACCCUUUUGAUCAGAAACUUUUUGUUUAUAAUGAUGGUUAUCUUCUGAAUUAUGAUCUUGUAUUUGACCAGGAACCCCACUAAACUGUUCAGAGAAAUGAAAUGUUCAUAAAAAUAUGGCCUUCUUUACAUAGUUAGAUAUGUACAGGGAGAUACUGAAAUGUUUCCAACUAAUAUUCCAGGGCACAGUUCUACUACAUUACAUAUUUGUCUUACAUAUUUGCUCUGUUUUGAUGUGUUCUCUUAGAAGCCAUCUGCUUCUGGGAUACAUUUUCCUACUUAAAUAAGGUCCUUCCAGGUUGGAUAGGAUUUUCAGAGUUCUAAGAGCAUUAUAGAUCCUUAGAAACUUUCAUUGAUGUAUCUGGAGUUUAAGGAAGUUAAAGAAUGGUUUGCAUGGUUUCUCAGAAUUCUUUGUACAGGAAAGUUCAAUGACCAGUUCUUCACUAGGCAACUGAGCAGUUCUUCCAUACUUGAAAGAAAACAAAAGUUUAACUAGAAAGAUUAUUAUCUGAAGCUCCUGGCAAUCCCAGAUCUCCAACUUUGUUUUUGUCAUAGUAAAUAGCAGCCAUAUCUGUACUUUACAUGUUUUACAUAUCUAUAAAAUGCUGAAUUUUCUGAAAA